UGAUACUUCGCUGUCGUCUGGCACUUUGUUUACACUGCAGACGCUCUCCACAUCAGGGUUGCUCAUGUUGUCCGCUGAAGUGUCGUGGAAAAGAUAAUUAUAGUGGGAAUUGGAAGCUGUUGAUUGUGGUAAUGGGAGGAAUGUGGUGACAUUAAACGAGGAUUACAAUGCUGCCAGCAUCUGACAUGCUCCCUCUGCAAGAUGAAGCAGUGUCUAUAGAACCACAGUAUGAUGGUGUCAUCAUGCUGAGUCCUGAGGUUGUGUUGUUCAGUGAUGCCACACCACGUCCAGAUGGGAGGAAAGUUUAUCAUGUCUUCCAGCGUAAUGUCGGGGAAGCACAACGAGAUGAAUCUGUGCACAGUGAAGAUUUCCAUUCAAGACGUGAGCAGUUGUUUUCUCAGGCGCAUGAAAAUACUCUGCACAACAUCCAACAGGUUCUAGCUGAGAGUGGACUAGUUAACCAGGAAUGGUGUGAAAAUGGUGCAGAAGCCCCCACUAAUGCUAGCACACCUACAGAAGCAGAUGGCCAGAGUCACAGCAUUCAAGCCCAAAGUCAACCUUGUUAUGAAGUGCAAAUGCAUUCAUCUCCAUGUAAGCUACAUCAGUUUGAGAUGGUGUUCCCUAUUGAGCCUCAUAGCUCUAGGCUAACGCGACGUCUUCUAAAACGUUUACGUCGCAAAGGUAUAGGUCAAGUUGAACUUGAGCCUGAAAAUCACCGCAUCAAUGUAAGAACACGCAAAUCUGCCAACUUUAUUUUAGGAGUUCUUCGCAGCAUUGACCCAAAUGUUCGGCUUAUAGAAACUUACCGAGAAACAUUAUUAGAAGAUUCCUUAGAAGCAGAGAAUUUGGAAAUCAUGGAUGGAUUAUAGAAGUUCGAUAGGUGCUAGUGUUGAUUGAGUUCAUAAUUGUUUUUAAUGUUAUUUAGUAUACUGAUAAGCUAGUUUUGACAUCUUGGUUUGAUUUUGAUGAAUUAAAAAACAUUUAAAGUGGUUACUAAUCAAAGUAAUUUUUGUGAGGCUGUUGGACAUUCAUUCUUGAAAAUAAUACAUAUGCCAGUAUAUCUCUUAGUCUGCACAAAAAAAUUAAAUAGAGUUAUUUAUCUUUGAUAAAUGGUCCAGAUAAAGAACUUAAUACUGUAACAUCAGUUUAAUUUUGUGCUAAUAGGAAGUAUAAUAUUUAUAUUAUGUACAUUAUUUGAGAAAUGAAUGAUUCAAAGAGGCUCACUAGGGGAUUGGGAUAAAAUUGAUUACAAUACUGCAGCUGUCUUUUGUGAUAUUUUGUUAAUUUUUUUAAGUUCAUGUUAAAUGAGAGAUUUUGUUUCAAGAUGUCACCAUGUUUAGGUAUUUUGUAAUUUAAAUAUAGAUGGCACAAACCCAUGGGAAAAUUUACUGUAAAUUUUCUUGUAUUUUAAACUUGAACUCGAGUGUUAUAAGCCUAGCCAGAGCUACAGGGUACCUAGAAAUCUCAUGGCAUAGUGAUAUCUAGUCACAUACAGAGGCACUAUUAAAUGCCUUCCAGCUAAUGUUUACAUCAUAUAUAGUACAGGUAUAUACAUUACUAUGAAAAUAUAUCUUACUUUGCAGCAGUUGCUGUGAUUACCUCAAAAAAACUUUUUUUUUUUAAGUGAAUCACUUCUUGAAAUAAAAUUUGUGUAAUGUGACUAUACAUAUAUCUAAAUGAUUUUUAAUUAGGUUUAUUUGUUCUUUUGCUAUUGCAGUAUGACACUGAAAGUAAUAAAUCUGCUCACAAACCAAGUUAUUGUACUUGCAAAUGUGUAAGGAAGCACUUGGUGUUGGCCUAAUCUACCUGCAAACCCCUAGUCGGAUUGCAUUUUUUUGCUUAUUUUAUUCCAUGAAGGAAAUUAUGCUUGUAAGUAUUGAUAAAGUUUAAAAGUAUCUGUAAUCACAAUUUUAAAAGUAUCUGUAAUCACAAUGCUAUUUUCUUUUCAUUACAGUCAACACUACUUUUAAACUAGGAUGUUAUCAGUUAGCUUUUCCUUUAUUUUUUUGUUAUGGAAGCAAUGCACAAUUUUUCUGUUGCUUUAUUUUCAUAUAUUCAGCCUAGAUUUACAUAUUGCUGUUUAAGUUGCAAAGUAUCAUUACAUAUACUGUCACUUCAUCCACUUGCAGAAUACAUAAAUAUUAAAAUCUUAGCUUUUCAUUAUGUCUGCUUCAUGUUUGCAGGGCUAUUUUCAGUCUUAUGUAGAAAGUCAGUUGCAUAGGGAAUUGAUGUGGUCUGUGAUAUCCAUUGUUGGCCUUCCCUUUGGUACCAAUGAUUUCUGCAGUUUUCAGAUUUUGCUGUACAGUACUGUACCUAAUUACAAAUUAAAUUUACCAAAGUAUUAGAAAUGAAAGCAAAGCCAUUUGCCUUUAGAAAUUAUUUCCCAGAUUUUUCCCGAUCUGUGGAGGAAAAUGUUGUGGUACUGUAAUGGACCAGCUAGAAACAAAUAUGUAAAACUUUUUACAUGUGUUGUAAAAUGAUCAGUGAGAAUAAUGAUUAUUGCAAUAUUUUGUUAUUGCACCAUAAUUUGAUUUCUUGAUAGGAAUUGUGUCCAAAUAUGGAAGCAAUAGACUAUCCAUUGAGUAAUGUAACUGUACACAAAAAUGCAUUGAUUUUGUCUGGACUGAUACUUCUUGACUUCGUGGUUUUUUUUUAUACAGGUACAUUGCCAUAGCAUUUAUUUGCAGGAAGCAGAGAAGAUACAGUUGACUAUUCAAAGCAUGAACAAAUUUUGUUGGGGGUUACUGAGGGUGAGUUAUCCCAGAGAAGUUUGGGAGCCUAUGCCUUGCUUUUUACAGCUCAUCAUUCUUAUGUGAUUUCUAUGUUAAAUUGGCUGCUUUUGGUUGGAGUUGGACCUACACACUUCAUGUUUUUUUUUUUUAAUCUAUUACCCUUUUCACCUUUAUGUGUGCUUGCUGAGUCCUUGCUUAUAUCUUAAAAUUUUCCAGUUUGAUCUGGUGCUGGAGAUGAUGAAGUACUGUACAGUACUUUUGUUUCAGUUAUUGGUUUUUAAAUAUAUGCCAUUGUGCUAACACUGUGUGUAGUACAGUGUUCUUGCUUUCAAAUAUAUUUAACAUAUAUUUGAGAUUUAUAUUGUAUUAAUGGAUUUUUAUUCCAUGGGUAAGUGUGCUUUUUUUGUUUUGCAUUUUAAACAUCAAAUUUAGUUGCCAAUGGUUCUAUUGUGUGUGAAUGAAAUCGUGAGCCCGGUUCGUGAGUUAUUGGUAUAAUGUAAAAGAACACAGUUAAGUUGGCAUGUCCAGAAAAAGGGCUGCAUGUUUUGUCAUCAGACCAUCAGACUCAUAUUGUAGCCAUUACUUGCCCAUUCCCCUUUGUUGUCAUGAGUCAUUGUCGCUUAACAUAUGACUGAUGGUGAUCAUUUGUUCUUAUAUUUACCUCUAUUUCUUUGUAAAGAGGUGGAGGGUCUGGAUUAUUUCUGUAAUGAAGUGAUUGAGAUUAUGAAAUUCUCUCUGCAGGUACUGAUAGCUCUCUUUAAUUGUCAUGCAACACUUUUGCUGUUUAACUAUAGUCUUUCCUGUAUUGUUUUGUUUCUCUUUACCCCUGCACUCAGAAUACCUAUGGGCUGGCAUUACACCACAGCUAGAUGUUUUUCUUGUUCUGUUAAAGCAAACAGAGAAGUAUAUUGUCACAUCAGAUCAGUUUAAUUUACUAUAUUUCUCUGUUUUUCUGAAAAUCCUGUAUCUGUUAGGGAGAGGUCAUGUACUGAUUGUCCAGUAUUCAUUUCAUCAAAGGGGGCUUUGGACACUCGGGAAUGUAUCAUUUAACUAAUACAAGUAUGUAGUUAAUCAAGUAAUGUAAAAUAUGAUUAUUACCUUUUCUUGCACUUCAGCACACCAUGGUCUCAACAAAAGUUGUACUAAAUUCUAAAGUUGCUUUUGGUAGUUAGGGCAUUGGGGCUGCUGUUUUGGCACAUCAUGAUUGUUUGUUGCCUUUUUCACAUAAAGCAGCUUGUAUGAGAUGACCUGAGGAACUAAGCUUGAUAGUUACACUGAACCGAAAGGAUAAUUGCAAUCAUUUACCUGGUUUGUGUGGGAGAGGCACCAGGCAAUCAAGGAUAAAUGCCAGAGUGGUAUUCCCAUAGCCUUUACAAGAACUUUCCCACUUGCCUCUCCCAUAAAUGCAAUCCUUAGCAGCUUCAUGAUUUACUACAUCUCUGACAUUGCUUAAGACCAUGCUUUGUUGAACUGCAGUGAAACUUUAACAGUUGUAAGCCCUAUACAGGCAGUCCCUGGGUUAUGACGGGUUUGGCUUACAAUGUUCCGAGGUUAAGGUGCUUUUCAAUUAUAUUCAUCAGAAAUUAUUUCCAGGGUUACGACGCCUACAACAGUCAUCUGGCAGAAGAAAUAUGACACCAAAAAUGCAAAAUAAUCAAUAUUUGAAGGUUUUUUUAUGCAAAAUGCAAUAAGAAUGCAGUUUAUAUAGUUUUGAAUGCACCCAAAGCAUUAAAAGUAAAGUUUUCUUAGGAUUUUUGGUGAUGUUCCAGCUUACGACGAUUUUCGGGUUACAACGCAUCUCAAGAACGGAACCCCCAUCAUAACCCGGGGACUGCCUAUUCCAUUUUGUGUGCCUUUAACAUUUCACGACAUAUUUAUGUUAAUGAAAUGAUAACAUUCUUGAGUGUAUGUUUGUACCCACUCUUCAAUGAAAUGAAUAUCGGAGAAUUCUGUGAACUUUCUUAUACAGAAAAAGGAGUUAAUGUGGAGAAGCUGUACAACAAAUGAAACUUGACUGCUGAGCAAGUAUAAUUUUUAGUGAGAUUUAUUAUUGUCAUUAUUAUUAUAAUAUAAUACAUAAUUAAAUAUACUGUAGUUUAAAGGUAAAAAUGCUGAAAGGAACUUCCACUAGAAUACAAGGGUGUAAUAAAGUAAGCUAGCAAACUGUCAUCACUGAUAUAGCUUGCCUGUCCAUUUUUCAGAUUUUGUUAGUCUUUUGUCUUACUAAUUAGCUGAUACUAUGCACUGAAACAAAAGUCCCUUUUCUAUGUCUGUGUUAUGCUAAACUUCCUUAAGGGAGCCUUAACAAAGCACAAAUUGGAAGUGUUUGCUUAGUUGAAGGUCAAAUGCACCUCAUUAAGGAAAAGGUUUUUGCAGUAUUUCAAUUCUGUUGACAUUUAUUAUGUAUAUGCUGGAGUAUUUUUAUUUUUGAAUAUCAGGAGAGGGCAUUUUUAUUUGAAAAGAUAUUUUUGAAAUUAACCUUAGCUCUACAUUACAUAGCUUUUACUUCCGCACCAGCUGUGGUUCGACAGAUAAAAAAACGAGAAAACUUGGUUUUCUACGAAUAUCCAUCUUCUAUCUAUCUACUUCCCCCACCCCACACCAGGGGACCAAUAGGUACAAACACUCGUAGCCGAUCAGUCUACUUCUGUUGCUGGUUUCAGUACGAGUUCGACACAUUACACUCUUCUCUUUGUUGGAUUGCUUAUGGAUGAUCUUUUAAUUUUCUAUUAUUCGUUUGGUAAGAACUUGUAGGGUAGGAGGUGCUGUAGUCAGCAUUAUUCCAGUUUCAUUGACCCUCAUGAUAUGCUGUUGCUGAGAGAAAGGUUAUGAUUGGAUAACCAGUGAGAUUGCUGCAUUGGCCUUUUCCAGUUUAGAUUUGCCAUGUGCUGCUGUGGCCAUUUCCAAUUUAAAUUUGCUAAGUUAUUGUGCACUAUUCCCAACUGGUGCGUCACACUGCACAAGAGGGAAAGGCUCUGCUUACUCUCUCCCCAUUGGCUAUCACUCUGCUGUCACCAACCCUUGUUCUAUUUUUAAUCAGAUCCAGCUGUCGCUUAGAGAUUUUCCCCUGCUUAUAGACCUAAUGUUUACAGUUAUGAAAAAUACAAAUUGAUUCAAAAUUUGCCAUUUUUCAUUACUGUGCACACAAGUAUAUACUGUUACUAUUGUAGGUUUCAAAUUAGAUUCUUGAGGGACUGUUGAGUACCCAGAAAAUCACAAAAAGUGUCAUAUGUUCUCUCAAGAGUUGUUAAAACACUUUUGAACUUAAUAUUGCACCAGAAUUUGGAUGUUCAGUGGUGCAGACUUACUGUUUAAAUAGUUCUACUAUGUUCUUAUGCUUUGAAAAGGAAGUCUUCGUUAUUUUGACCAGCAAAUGGAGUAAAAUAGGAUUAAGAUAUCAAGUGAAUUUUAACAAGUCUAAUGAUAGAAUCCCCAAAAUAGUUUAAACUCAGAUUUGAAUUUUACACACCUGGAAAAUUAAACUUGGUUUCCUUCAGGGUGGAGUUAAAAUUCUAAAGGAGACACUGUAUACUGUUUUUACUUGCUUCAGAUUUACAGUAAAAGAUGUAAUUACAGUACUACAAGUAUGUGUGAAAAUUUUGUGAAAUGUGAAUAGAUUUUAAUUAGGUAUUAAAAAUUGUGAAUACCAUUUGACCUUUUUGACGCAGAAUGGCUAAUAAGAAUUUGUAAGGCAGAUGGAGACGUAUACUAAAAGACGAUUCAAAUUGCAGUACACCCUACUCUGAAAAUCUUAAGAAAAUUAUGUGGACUAACAACAGUUCAAUGUGUUUAUAUUCAUAUGUUUUAGAUUUUUAGAGGUAGAUUAUUUGGAUCGACUCAAUAAUGCAACAUUGAGCUGCUUGGUGCCUGCAUCCUGGUUAGAAAGAUUCCACUUGUACCUCAUAUCCCAAUCAUCUUCCUUUCCCCCUGCUAAGUAGAAUUACUUCUUUCCCCCUGCUAAGUAGCAUUACUUUUUACUAUAGGUGCUGUUUUGGUCACUGUCUUUUUCAGCUCAACAAGAGAAUUCAUCUUCCUCUGAGGUUCAUAACACCUUUCAGGCCACUUUUUAUCAUUUUUACUCUGCAGGAUUUAAUGGUGUUAUCUAUAGGUACACCUUGAUAUUCACUUGUUAGGCCAUAUAGUUUAUUAGUAGGUCACAAUUUUGAAAUGCACAAAGAGUCAGAGAGAUUGUCUCCUUAUCUAAGGCAUAUUUUUGGCCUAUUUAAACGGCACCCUUGUGCAGCAGCUGUUCUUGAAGUUUUAUCAUUUAUUUGUUUAUGAAAGGCAGUGGAAGUACCUGUAACUGAAAAUUUAUAAGUGGAUAUGGAUCUAUUUACCAGAGUUAUGUAGUAUAGGUAGGUAGUACAGAGGUAAAUGUUUUGAGUAUUAUCUUCAAGCAUAGAAAUUUUGCCUUCAAGAUGUGCCUAAGAUUUAACUUUAGCAUAGUGCCAUUGAGUAAAACAAACUUUUUAAAUAUUGCUAUGCAUGCAAGUAACUCAAAACUUGACAGGGUUCUUGCUCCCAGUUGUGUUCAGAAAGGUAACCAAACAUCUUGCAUUAAUGCACUGUAAAACAUUUGUAAGAUAUUAGAGUUUUUAGCAUAGUAACACAAAGGUAUUGUAGAAGUCUUAAUUUUACCCAAUCCACAAGCGCAAUUCACGUAAAAAGUCUGCUUGAUAUCCUAACCCAUUUGAAUUCACUUGCAGGUGAGGUGAUGGGUCCCAUCCCUAUGGGAUAGACUGACCUCAGUCAGUAACCCCUAGCAAUUCAUUUUUGUUUUGUAUGGUUUACUUCCUCUGCUUUUGCUUGACAUAGGCACAUGUAAUAUACGGGUUCAUGCAUCAGGAAUCAAAGAGUUUUUUUUUUUUUUAUGUUGCCUUUUAAGAAUAAUGCCAAGGGCAGUUAUCUCCAUGAUUAUUUUCAAUACGUAUUUUUAUUGUGAUAAGGUAAUCACAUACAAAAGCUGUAUAUGACUGUAAACAUGUCUGUAAGUACAUAUUCAUGUCAUAGAGGUAUUUAAUAAUCAUAUUAAUGGCCUUUGUUUUGUAUAACUACUAUUAUUUUAUUCUGUAAUGGUAUACCUGUUAUAUCUGCUAUAUACGACUACCUAAAACUCUUACCAUAACUUUACUGGAUGUGUGUUAACUGUAUUCUAUUGUUGGUAAUAUUUAGUCUAGAGUGAGAGUAGUAUUUUUGGAAGUGGUGUACUGUUGAUUUUUCAGUGUAAGGUUUUUCUUCACUGAAAUUAUGAUUUGUUAUAUAAAACUGUGCAUGCUUGCUCUUUCUUUGUUUUUUCUCCAUUAUACUGAAAAAAAUUAAUUUGAAUCACUUUAAAGUUUUAGUUUUGUCAUUCGCCAUGUUUUUUUUAUUGUAUUGUUUAUGCAUGUUAGAGUUUAGUGAUACUAUUCUUUUGAUUUUUGUCCUGUGGAAGACAAGUCUGCAUAGUUCAUGUUUAUACUGGUUGUUUUAGGGGAUCCUUGUUAUUUGUAAUAAAUAUUAUUUUUAUUUUCCUUGAUUAUACUUGAAAUUUUCAGGGAACAGAGUUUUUAGACAAUUAAUGUACGUAUUGUGUUUUCAUGUGAAUAUGCUCCCUGUCUCUUAAAGAACAGUCAUCACUGUUGAUAUUGUGCUUAUAUUUCUAUAGGAGCUUUAUUGUAUUAUGAAAUUCUUUGAUGUAAUGCAGGAGCUUGAUCAAACAAAGAUUUUUAUCUUUUUUUCUAACUUCAUGUUACCUCAUCCAUAUUUCUGUAGGAAAAACUAUGGCAUGUACAUAUAGGUUUGGAUACUUCAAGAUAAUGCUGUAGCUUAAUUAAGCUACUGUACUUGUAUCACUCCUUUCAACAUUAUAAGCCAGAAAGGGCUGCAGAAGAAGCUGGAUGUAGGUAAGAAUACAGUUAAUUCUAUUAUAUUUUCUAUUAUCAAGGCACAAGUUGUCUGCACAAAUUUAGGAUGCCCUGUUUUAAUAACUGAAUUUAAAUUUUUGGAGGAGGAUUUACAUUAAGAGAAGGAAAAGAUUUUCUAUUCCUUGCAAUAUUUUGUGAUAAUAAUCUUCACACUACUCAAAACUCAUUUUCUCUCAUGUAAUAUAUAUUGUAGGGUUGAAAUGCUUGAUAAUAGUAUUGUAAUACACUUUGGUUUUGUCAUGAUUUGCAGUACAGAUUAUUAAAAGUGGACAUAAAGGAAAUACCAGCAGUAAUUACAGAAAUGAUGAUGAAUUACCCAAUUUGGGAGUCUCAUGCUGGAACAUUAGGAAACUUUCUUUUCACUUACCUCAAAAAAUGUUUGUUAAUAAACUUUUGCUUUGGUAUAGCAGGUAUGGUUGUAAUCUUUUCUGCUCCAAUGGAGUACAUUAGUGUGCAUUUGUGUUGCUUGAACACUCCUAUUACCACACCCAAGGCUCUUGAAUCAUCAGAAUGAAUUGUCUUGCAGCAAAACAUUUUCUAGCAUAAGAUUAAGUUUUUCCAUUGUAUCUCAUACUGUCCUUGAAACUCUACUGUAUUUCCAUUUAAAAAUAUAUAACUUUCUUUCAUAAAUCCUUGUGAUCUAUGCAUCUUUGAGCAGGGAUCUUGUGUAGUAAUUUAAUUAUUUACCACAGCUUGACCAUGCUUGGCUUCUGGCUGUCCAGACUAGGCUAUUCAAAAGUCUAAAGAUCAGACAGUCUUAUGGGGUUGGUGGUGUCCCUCCCUACGCAGUUUAUUAUUAUAUUCAAAAUGUUAGUUAAUAACUUUCCAUCUUCAAGCACCAUCUUGUGCAUUCUUUUCCCUAGAAGGGUGCCUGCUGUAACUCCUCAGUUAUUGAUCUAUUGCACUGAUGUUUAAUACCUGUAAAAGUCUGGUGUUGAAACUGCUCGCUUAUUGUCUGAAGUAUUUUGGAAACUAAACCUUCUCUCUGACUAUCAGUAUGGAUUAUAGUUAUAUUAAUUAUAAAAAGUAGAAUUUAAUGCAAAUCACAUAUCAAACAUUGGUCAAUCAAUUGAGAAACUAUAAAAUAUUAUUUUUAGUUACUCUUGACACCUCCAUUACUUUUGGAAAGGCUAGACAUAAGGCUUUAUUAAUGAAACUUAUUACUUGUGGCUGCAUUCACUUCUUUUCAUUUAAAUUAUUGAACCUUCUAUCAGUUACUAGAAGUCCUCAGGAACAAGCACCGUCAAUGAAUGGGUAGCAGGCAGAGCAGUCCAGUCAGAAGGCAGAGGCAUGUCACUGGAAGAUUGGUGCUCCUUCACUGCAACCCAGGUGGAUGACUUACAGACCAGAGAACAGAUGACACCAAAGAUAAAAGCUUACGAGUUCUCAGUAGUUCUUACCCAUUUCAGCCUAUACAUCCGCUGCCUUGUCAUAGCACAGUCACUGGAUGACCAUUCACAUCUCACAGAUGAAGGCAGUUGUACACAUCUGGCCAUGACAGAUGCUACAAAAAGAGAGGCAUGUCCAUGUCAAGAGAAAACACAAAGACACUGCAGACCUGAAAAGAAAUACUUUGUCCUAUUUGCUAAGGCAUAGCAUGAGAUGCAUGUCAAAACAAGCACCGCACAGAAAUACACAAUAAAAAUCUCAUAGCCGAAAAUGUAAGGAUGCUGAACAUGUAUAAAUCAUUUAGUGGCAUACAAAAUACGUAUACAGUACUCAUGUUCAGUGAUAGAUAUAAGAAUAAACCAUCAGUUACACUUGAAAAGUGGUUACUAAUGUAGAUUCCAAUUAUAUGUAUGUGUAUAGGUAGUUACAACUGAAAAAAUUUGAUAUAAGAAUUAACAGUAAGUCAAAGAGGACAAGGAUAUCAGAAUCCAUUUACAAUUACCAAAAGCAGUUGAUAGAACUGGGAAGGAUUACGUAGAAUUACAGAUUCCCAGACCAAAAAUACAAAGUAUAUCAGUAGCAGCAACUAACCCAUUGUUUACCAAACAGAAAAAAGCCUUUGACAUUAGUUAACUGCGUGGAAACUUGUAAAAAUUUACACACUAGUAUAACUAAAAGUACAGUAACGAUUUCAUCAAAGGUAGACAGUGAUUGAAAAACACUGGAAAAACAUUGGACUUAUCCACAUUUAUUGUUAAAGCACAAAAUUCACUUAAAAAAAGACAUGCAAGAGUAAUUAUUGAUGACUGAAUAACCUUAUAAGCUGAGAUGAUUAGGCACCGUUAUCAAGCAAGAAAGUAAAAAAAUGAAGUAAAGUGAUGAAUUAAUACUGAAACAGAAAAUGUAAACUAUUAGUAAAGGAAGCUUUUGAAUUGAUGACCCAACAAUUAUAAUCAUGUCAUUGUUCUGAUGUAAGCUUUUCGUAUUAUGGUUUUAUCUGCAUUAAGCAGUUGAUUGGACUUAGUCGGUAAUGGCUGCUUAAAUAAAUAAUAAUAAUAAUAAUUCAUGUUUCUGCUGCAUAGAGUAGCACAGGCCUUUAAGUACCCAGUGUAAGUCAUUGUUCUGUCUGUUAAUGGGACAUUUCCAUUUACCAGUAAUCCAGCUGUCUCUCCAUUUCAUGUAUAUUACAGCUACUCUUUCAUGUUGCUCUUUCAACUCCGGCUUCACGGUCCAGUGUGUUCCUGGGGCAACAGAAAUGCUCUGCCUCUUCUAAGGUCCGCCCGUCUAUCACAACUUGGUUCUUAACACCCCUCUUUUCUCUAUUUGCUUCUGUAUUGCAUUCCUUGCAGAUGCCAGAGAACCAAACAUUUAUAAUUGAUGGGGUUUUGGUUGCUUUAUUUAUGUAGACAGGCAUCUCAGUAACUAUUGUUGAUGGUGAUGUGGUGAAACACAUGGGCAUUUAUGCUGUUCUUGUUUUCAACAAAAAUAAAAACUGCGAGGCUGUUGCCAUAAAUUAUUACUUAAAUUUCUAACAUGUUACAAACAUCAUAUUAGAGCCAACUCUGGAUUGUACCUGGUACAACUGAUAAGUGCCAGUCAAUCUCUUUUUGAGGUUUUGUUUACAUACAAUAAGGAUAGUUGCAUCUCUUCUUCACACACUUAAAAUCUUUCAUAGUAAAACAUUUUGUAUGUGUUGGAACAAGUAACAUAAAGAAUAAUAUAUACUUUCUUAAGAACAACAUGUUUCCUAAGGAAGCUUUAUUACAUGAAAUUCUAGUAAGAGCAUGAAUUGCUAGCUGUAUGUAAGCUGGUGGUUUUACCCAGUGUAGUAAGCACUCCUUAUCACAGGACUCAACAUUAAUAAUGCCUGUAUAUUUAUUUUAGUUCUGUAUGGUCUGUUACCUCCUUUGGGAAGGAGAAGCAGAAUUGACUUUUAUUGCAGGAAACAAGAGAAUGUAACUAUACCUAUCUGCGGAGAGAUUCUCAGUGGUAAGACAAAGCUAUUGGUGUGUUGUGCACAGCAUUUGUAGUCGUGAUUUUCUAUGGCAUGUUUUGGAUUUUUCAAAGUACUAAACCUUCAUUAGGGGGGAUAUGGUUUGCACAUCAAAUUUAUACUCAAUUUAUGUAUCACUGUGCAGCACAGUGAUAUUUAUGUUUUGGAUUACUGGAUUCAGAAAGUGGUAUAUAUGUUAGACAUAUUUAAUGUUCAAAGAGGAGUGCAUAAAGAGAACUGACUAGUAGUUCUAAGUGAAGAUACAUAUAGUAAUGGUAUAAGGCAAGUGCUUAAUUUUUGACUCUCAUCUUCAUUCCAUUUGCUGGUUUAUAAUUGGAACUUGAAAGAUGCUUUAUACUGUCAUUUUUGGUCAGGUUCUUCUUUGUGGUUUAUUAUUAUUUUCUCUUGGAUACGACCAUGUUUUUAUGUGUAUUGAAUUGUGGUCUAACAUUACCAAAAUAAUUCUUUAUAUUUAUUGUUAAACAUUCUUGAAAAAAAAUUGACUCAUUUAUCUUCCUCAGACUGAAGGUUUUUGUUGAAGGUAUUGUAAUAGAUAAGGCCAUCUGUCUGUGACUUGGGACUUUUAGCAUAGUGGUCUAAGUAUGUAAACUGUCAUUAAGGCUUGUAAGAUAAUAUAAAGAUGUUAUCUUAAUGAUUUUAUUAAAGCUGUUUCAGUUAAUUGUUUUUCAGCUUUCUUCAUCAUAAACCCAAAGUUUGAGAGUGAUGUUGUAGUCUCGCAUGGAAACUGAAAAUUGUUGCUUAGUCAUUCCAAGAUCCUGUAUUAAAGAUGAUAGCUGUUUAGCAUCCACCAGUGACAGUUUUGCUCAGUUUUAGAAAAAACCAGUUUAGGAAAUUUUGUCAGAACCAUGUAUUUUCAAUUUAUUCAAUUAUUCAAUUAAUAUAUUUUUUAAACAACUGCAAAUUGGUGAAUAAAAUUUUAAUUUUACAAUUUUAGGCAAACCCUUCAGGCCAGCCUCGUGAUAGUUAAGUAUUUUAGUGUAGCUGCUGGGUUAAAUUAAUACCAAUAAUAAUGCACAAGGAACUUAUUUCAAUAUAUAUGUGGUAGUACUGCCAAACCUCCUCCAUAUGCCCAUUCUUUUAUUAGUUGACAAACAACAAAAUACAAGUCUGCAAACCAUCCACCAUUAAUGGUUCUCAGCCAUGCUGACUGAAUGCAUUUUCAUAUCACAUAACCCUAGCUAAUGAAUUUUUUAAUACUUGCUGUACACAUGCUUAACAAAACUACGCUGUUGUUCUUACUUGGUACGCUUAUUACUGUAUCAAUGUUGAAUAAGUAUAAACCAAAUGUAAAUCAAAAUGGAAAAGUACUGUAAAUUAUGUAUAUUUAUUAUUCAUGUAGUGUUGGUAACUUUUUUAGCAGUUCUGUUUAAAUAUAAUGAUACUAAGCAUCAUAAACAACUACAUUCAGUAUUCUACAAGUUUUUACACCACAAAUAUGAAUAGAAUAUACAUUUUUUUUAAUUUGAACUGAAAUUUCAUAAUGUUAUGUCUUUUAUUGAGUGUGAUAUCAUCACUACUUUCCUUCUUCAAAAAUUGUUCCUCCUCAUCUACAAUAAAAUAAAAAUCUUGCUGAGUAUUAGUGAAUAAUUGUGAACAAGUUGCUGCUGCUUAUAAAGAUAAAAAAUUUCUUUAGGAACUUAUGAAUCAAGUAGGAUGGUAUGAAAAUGUAUAGUAUCCUCUUCUGUGUACUUCUUAUACAUUAUAUAUAGUGGUCACUCAAAUAUAUUGCAUAAACUAUAGCAUUGGUUUAGCUUUUUGCAAAUGAAAAACUAAGAUUAAUGUAUGCCAAACAGUUUCUGUUGCAAAGGAAAACAAGAGAGAACUGUUGAUUUGUAUAUACAUUACUAAGUGCUGUAUAACAGUAGAGUACAUGAUUUUUUAUGACCAAAAAAUUUACACUGAAUAGAGGCAAAAGUUAUAAAAAAAGGAGUUAGAUUACGUUGUAGAAGAAAUUUGUGCAGUAUCACUGAUUAUAUGUUCUUGAACUAAUGAAGUAAUUAGGGCAGAGAUAGAAAAUUGUUGUUGUAUAUGGAGGGUAGUAGGGUAGUAUAGAAAAAAUUGGUAUAUUAUUGUAGGUUGCUUUCGUAAUGAUGUUGAGCAUAAGCAACACAUUGGACAUUUUUCCCGUAAAAGCAUCAUGCACAUCGAACCAAGUCCCCGGGGCUCACUACUGAUGCAUUCCCAUAUUCUUCUUCCUAUUUACAUUUUACAUCUCUGUAUCCGUCAUUUUAAUUGAUAUAUGUAUCUUAAUUAUGUGCAUUACCUAAUAAUAAGUCGGGUUAUUUUCACCCUUCAUGUACACCAUAAAUACUGAAAAUUAAAGAAAAUUGCUAUAUAAGUACGUAAUAUAAUUUCUCAUUUGUAAGUGUUCUGUUUUAUGGUGUACAUAUUUCUCUAUUAAUGACGGUGGACUGAAAAUUUUUAUUUUGAGUACUGGAAAUUAUUAUUUUAAUAUUAAUAAGCUCUUAGAAACUGUUUAACUAAUGUGGAAAGUGGAGGUACCAUUUAUGGUGUGGUUUUGCACAAAAGAUGCAAAGAUACACUUUUUGUUAAGAUUAAUGCUGAAAUUAUUUUUAAAUUUGAUCAGAUGUAAAAGUUCUUUAUAGCUAUAUUAUUAUUAUUUCAGUAGAGACUAUAUCAGGCUACUAAGGGCCAAGAAAAUUAGUGUAAAGAACUUGUAUAAAGAACUUGUAAGUGAUGGGUUUUACUGACUGCAGGCAUAGAGAUAAAAGGUAAAGCAUUUAUUAGAUGUGUUUGAAAAGUGGAACUGAAUGCACAGUACAUAUGAAGAAAAUAUUAUGCAUCCUUAUAGUGGAUAAACCUCUUAUUUUACACGUGCCUGAUUCCCAGAAAGCAAUGUAAAUGAGGACUUUUUGAUUGUUUCCCAGGUUCUAGGAAAACCCCAAUGACCAGUAUUACAUCUUCAAACCAUUAUCAGCUCAUGAUCAUCAUACUGUUUCUGUGUAUAUUUCCCCUUUAUGGGGUUAGACACAAAAAUAGUUCUCACCACUCUCUUGUGGGAGAAUUUCACAGAAACCAUGGAUUAAAGACGAUGAUGAUGAUAAAAUUAGUUUUAGUGGAAGUUUGUUCUUAAAUCAUAGUUGCUUCAUACUUUGAUUCCAGGGUCAUAAUAUUCAGUAGUAUUCAGUCUUCUCUCUUAUUUUAUGAAAAAUCACCUUUCAAAGAGAUCAAGGACUUUUAAAAAGUUUCAAGUGUAAUAAAUAUUUAAUUAUUAUUACCUGUAUUGAUUACGUAGUUUAUUGGGAUCAGUGAGUCAAAAUGCUAAAUUUUUAUAUAGUGCUAGCUUUAUGGAUUUAAUCCUAUGAAGCAAGUGAAAGAGAUGCUAUUGACGUUGCCAUGUUGAAAGAUAAUAUAAAUCUAUACAAAGUUAUUGGUACUCUUUAUGUCAAAUUUAUGAAUCUUUAUUUGUAUUAGACAUAUAUUCCCCUUUUCCUUAUUUUAGCUUGUCUAUACGACCUAAUAUAUCUAACACUUGUAAGUUAGAUGAUAGUGAAAUUCUAAUAACCUCGAUGUAAAUGUCUCUUUCGUGUUUUCCAACCUUCUACAUAUUGUUCACUCCCUUCUACUGAAGCCUAUACACCUACUAUUUUUGAUAUUGCCAUGAAAUUCUUUACCUAGCAUUAAAUACAAGCAUUGUACAGAAGCGAGUAGCCUUUAGCCCUGUUCAAGUUAACGUCUUUUUAUUUUCUUUUCUGUUAUGGGUAUCAUGACAGCUGUAGUCAACAAACAAGUAUUAAAGGGAAAAUCCUGCAAUCAUCAUACAUGGCUAUCUUGACUGUUUUAAAUGUGAACUGUCUUGCACAAGGGACUGGUCAUCAAAUUCUUGCAAAGCCUGAGAUACCUUCCUGGCAAUGGGUUGGGUCUGUUACGUUUUCCCCAGAUCAGACAAUCCUCAUUGUGACCUCUGGUGAGGGGUUCUAAUAUUAUAUUAAUACAGUUAUUUUUAAUGAUCUAACUGAAGACUACUCCGGUAUUUUGAUCUUGCCCUUAAGUUUAUCUUUUGUAAGUAAACUUCCCUUGUACAGCAACAUAGCCGAGUUUGCCUUUCCAAGGGAUUAAAGAUUGAAGAAAAAGUUAAUCAUUAAUUUUAGAAAUUUAUACAAUAAGGAAUGUAAGUUACUGUUAGUUGACUUUUAAAUAAUGGAGAGAAGGUGAGAAAAGUACUGUAUUGAACUGUGUCAUCAUCUGAUUUGUAAGGCAUAGUUACCAGAUUCUUGAUGGCAUAAGCAGGAAGACGUGGUUAUGUCGACGAAGUUCCCUUUGUCUUGUAGCUGCCCAUCCAUUCCUGGAACUUCAUAUUCAAGAGCUUAGUGUGUAAACUAAUCUCAACAAAGUUGUUUAAAGUUGAGAGCUACUCUCACAAUUGCAACAUUUAUCUUAGAGAUAAGAUGAGUAUUUCCAAGAAGACAUAAUCUGAAAGCUACAGGUGCACAUCAUGUUUCCAGUUGGAAUAUAAAGGCUGGAGAACUGUUACAAUCACAGCUUUGUAACAGUUUAUCUUGAGUAAAUGAAAAUGUGUUGUCCACUUUGAAGAUAUGAAGUUGAAAGAUUUUGCCUCAGAACUAAAGGCUUCUUAUUCUAUAAUAGUGCAAAUUCCCUUAUACUUGGCAUAAUGAGUAAGAGCUCUUCCUUUUGUGAGAGAAACAGUCACAUGUUAAAAUUACUAAAAAAAUAAUUUUGCCCUUGAACUCUCCAUUAAACUGCCUUUCUGGACAUUAUGCAUAAUGUGAAAGAAAGAUUUCUAUGUAUGAAACACUGAAGACAUCCAAAAUUCUGCAUGCUUCUUCAAUAAAAUUUAUAUGAAAACACACCAAUUUAGAAAGGGGAAUUCUGAAUUCUGAUAAUGCAAAAGUGACGAAGGUGGUAGCCUCUAAAACCAUGUGAUGCAGAAUCAUUAAAUUUUCCAGUUAUCAUUUUAACUUGUAUGGGGCAUGAAUUAAAGGCUGUUGAAGAUGCAAUUCAAAGUUGUGGCUACUAGGCAUCUGGCAUAUGAAUCUUGUUAGGGACUUUUGUACAUUACUAUAGAGUUAAAGUAAAGCUAUACAGUGGCCCCCGGUUUUACGCGUUUCACAUUUCCGUAGUCCACUUUGUUGCGGAUUUUUGUGGAACACAUCAUAUAGUGUCACAAACUCAAAAUUCAUUUUACAUUAAGAUCUGUCUUAUGCUGAAAGAGAAGAAAGCCUUUAGGGUUGGAUAAACUACAGGUAUGGGUAAUGAUGAUAGUAAUUGAAUGUACGUGAGCUACAAGAAAUGAAGUUAACACAUAAAUUGUUUGAAGCUGGUGUUAGUAUUUCAAUAUUUCUGAUAAAUAAAAAACAUUGUAGGGGACUUAAUAUUAGUAAUUAGUUUUAGAAACAAAUUACGUAAGGAGAUUUUUUCAGAAACAUUAUUUUUCCACCUACCCUGUUAUCAGGUUUUUACUGUGACCAAAGCACAGAGAGAAACUGUUGGUUUGGUCAUAGUAUUUUGUAACUGACUGAGAGCCAGACUUCCAAGAGAGGUGCAGAUCAUUUCCUCUCAUGACAAAUAUGAACAGAUUCUGUGUAGUUGCUGGAAUUAUCUUUGAUCAACCACAGGGUGGAUGAGGAAUUCUUCUCCAGGGAUUCCUUUGCUGUGGCCAAAGGCCUUUUCCCUUGGGCUUCUGCAUAAUCAUGAUUCUUCGCCUGCUGUGGCUGUUGUCCUCCAAGUCAUCACCUUUGCAGCUGGGGGUUGAUUGAGAGACAGCCAAGUGGAAGAGGGAAACAUGAUUUCUAUGGUUUUCCCUUCCUUGUGUCUUCAAGUCCUUCCUCUGUCUUUGCCAAUAUCUCCUGCUGCCCUAGUCUCUAUGAAGGGGAAGUUUUGAGUCUCUUCUCUGGGUGAUCCUUAAGGAUUUCUUCAGAGUUCUUUCUCUUAUAUGAUAAACACUUGUUUCUCUUAAGGUCAGUUAUUCACACACAGGGUUACCUGUCAUUCUCCCUGUCGGUUCAUCAACACUGAUGUUAAAACGUAUGUGUGGACGACAUUUUGUGGGCAGUCAGUCCACUCACCAGAACUGGUAAACCGAUGGAAUUGCCUAAAGUUCUUUUGACAGACUGACAGGUGACUGCAGUAUAAGCCUAAUUAAUUUCAUUGUUAGACCACUGCAGGGUCUAACAAUGAAAUUGAUUUGGCUUAUACUGCAGUCACCUGUCAGUCGGUCAAAAGAACUUUAAGCAAUUCCAUCAGUUUACCAGUUCUGGUAAGUGGACUGACUCUGCCCACAAACUGUCGUCCACACAUACGUUUUAACACCAGUGCUGAUGAACUGACAGGGAGACUGACAGGUAACCCUGUGUGUGAAUACCUUUUUGGAGACUGUCGUGAGUCCAAUUCGUAUAAAUAAAAACUAUUUCCAUGUGAUAAAUAUAAUUUGGUAUAGGCUUAGGCCAGCUCCGGCGUCUUUAUGAAAGGUUUUACUAGUGAAAGUAGGCUUCAUGAAUAACUGAACCAACCCAUAGGUCUAAUUUAACUUUAUUCAUUAAUCUUGUAUGAUAAUAGACAUCUCUAUAAUAGCCAAUGUUUAGACCAUAUUUUGUUACGUCUUUUGCUUCUUAACUAUUUUGAAAUGAAUUGCUGCAGCAGCUAGACUAUGUAGCUCCACUUCCUUAGCACCCAGUGGAGUGUCCAUUGCUGCCAUACUGUGUUGCCACGAUGAAGGCUAGGUGAGAAUUGUGGCCAAUAACCUCGAGUUAACUGUCCACUGAAGGUUCUACUUUUUACAUGUGAACACUUAUACGUCGAACGUUUUGGGUGAACUGACAGGUAAACCUGAACGUGAGUACCCGGCCUUACAGAUCAAGCUCAACUCUAUAUGAUUUUCCCCCAAGAUCAAUAUAGGAUGGAUCUCCACAGGGUGUUUACUAUUAGGAGGAAUCUUAGGAUUUGAAUAAUAUUUCCCUUAAAGACUUAAAUACCAAAUGCCACGUAUCUUCCCUGGAACAAUAAUUUUCUUUGUUGCUCUGCAUGGCAAAGGCAUCUCUACAGCAGCUUUGCCUUUCCAGACAAUCAUCCUUCUAGAGGGAAUGCUGCCAGUUAGAUAAAUUCUUGGCUAUAAUAGAUCCAUGUAGGGAAUAGUGUGAGACUGCUUGCAGCCCUUACUGAAUAAUUGUAUGGUCCUUCAAUCCUCACCAUUGUGUCAGCAAAGCUGAACAUCGCUAGUCGCUCUGCAAUUGUAUUUCUUAUAAAACUCGUAAUUCUUCCCUUUUUGGGUGAGGGUAGUCAUCCUUGUACGUACCUCUUGGUCAAUUCCAGUGAGGGCCAUGGUUUGUCAGUUGUCAGCUUAUUACAUAAGUGAUACAAAGUUCUUGAAAACUUGUUACUGCUAACCCAUGCCACCUAAUUUUAAAUUACAAUAUUAUUUAUAAACUUUGAUCUAUGUUUAUGAUAAUAGUUAUGUUACUGAAAUUCCUUCAGACUUUCCUAGAGUACCAUAUUUUUGUCAUUUUUUUUUUCUUUUCCUCAAGCAGUGACCAUUUCAUGAGACUUCUGUGCAAUUUGGUGGAUGAUUGCAGGUGAGAACAUACAGUUACAAUACUAUGCUCCAGUUGCCCUACUCAAAAAUUCCAUCUCUUGCAUAAAGAGAACCUAGUCUUCUCAUGACAGCUUUUGUAUAUCAACAAUCCUCCACUGAGGUAUCUGCCCCUCGAUCAUGGCUGAAGGCUGUCGGGAUUCCUUUCCACCUUAUUUCAUGAAGUUAUCCGUGUAAAAUUAAUUAAAGGUUUUAUUCAAUCAAGGAACAUACCCAGGAUUUUUUAAAGAAUUUUGAAACUAUAAAUAAUAAUUUAUAUUAGUUUAAUAAGGCAAGUGGGUGUCUUGCCCAAAGAAUUGGAAAAGUAAUGCUAAAAACAUUUGAGAGCUAGAUAGGGUAAGGCCAAAAGGAAUGAAUGGUAAAUGAUAAAAGGUCGUCAUUAAUGCAACAAAGAACCUGGUGUAUAUAUACUGUCUACAGUGGACUGCACAAGCUACUUGAAGGUGGCGUCUCCCUUGAGUAUCCGAGUUCAGUAACCCUUCAACAUAGAUGCUUUGGAGGUCUGCCCUUCUGAUAACUAACAAAGACCAAAAAUGUUUUACACAUCAUUCAGUUUAAGAAAUUUAACUGCAAAAUGCAUCUUGCGUGAAGAUAGCUGAGCAAAAAAAAAAAAAAAAAAAAAAGAUGUAGAUGUAGAUGAUAAGUGAAGAUGUCUGGUAAGUUGAUAUCUGACCUUGCAAUAACUUCUCCCUGUUAUGAAUAGUACACUGCUUUACUAAACCAUUAGCUUAUCAGUUAGUGAUUGUCAGUUUGUUUGCUAGGGUUGGCAAACACCAGUGUAAAACAUGAGAAUGUACAAUUUGGAAAUGAUGAAAUUAUUGUAGAAAAUGUAGAUGUUAAAUCUGUCGAAAUAUUGCAUUUACUCUUACACUUAUCUAGCUUAAGGUGGAAAGAGGCACCAGAAAACUCGCCAAUGUAUUUACAUGCCCUCAAUUAUUUUAUACUUGGCUGCAGCGUAUUCCUCAUAUUUGCCUUUUUUUCGAGACAUCUCUACAUUACCAAGAAGAAUGAAUUUCAUCAAAAUUUAGCAGUUAUAUCUUCAAAUGAACCAUCCAUUUUUGCUAUAUGAAAUAGUGUGUAUUUCAUAUAUAUGCGUUCCUCUUUUGUGUACUAUCAAAAAACUGCCUUAAUUGCUCAUACAGUGUCGUGUAGGAUAGCAAAGUUGUGUGAACAGUAUUUUUCUUCCAAAGACUCUUUCCCCACCUAGUCCAAUGAGGUUUUAUGCUUGCCCAAUACUUUGAGAAUUUAAUCAAUGUCAUGUAGAUUGUAAGGAAUGGCUUAAGAUUUACGAACUUUGUUGCUGAAAUGUAGCAAUCUGUAGUGGUAAGGGGUUUGGAGCGAUUGAGUGAUAAGCAAAAUUGAUGUAAUUUGUUUGAUAAACUUCGUAUGUCUUGUGUACUGCAUCUUGUCUUGAACUUUAAAAUUAGGGUUUUCAGUACAGUUCACUCCUUAUGCAAAGCUAACUGAUGCCAAGUUACAUCCACUGUAUGGCAAGAACACAUACACGGGAAGAGUUGAAAAGUAUUUCGUAGAGAUGCAAGUUUCAGCAUAGGAAACCUUGGUUUUCUCUUGAUAGCAUAAUUGGCAUAGCAUCAGGUGUAAACUGGCCUUUAUUGUUGUAAUCUCGCUACUGUACUGCAAUUUAUUUUAAAAUUAAAACUGUAUGUUUUGGAAGCUGUGGUCUGUUUCAGAGUUGUUAAUGCUGAUUUGUCAUCUUUCAUUGUCUUCUUCAGGAAGAAUGGUAUCACUGUUGUUGUAUAGACUAACAUAUUUCAUUGAAAUUCCACUUGUAUAUAAUGUAUUUACUAGCUACAUCAUAGCUGUGCAUUGCUGCAUAUGCAUGCAUAUAAAUAUUUAUAUAUUUUUACUUGAUUUGGGAUGCUGUAGCCUACAGUUUUGUAUGUACUACCUUCAUAAUUAUAAUAUUCUUGUCACAUUGUUGGAAUUCUAAAUAUUAUGUACAAUUAUAACCUAGGUAUGUCCAACUUAAGAGGUGUAAUGUUUUUAUGGAGUGACAGCUGACUCACAAAUGUCUGUAUUAUAAUUGAAUCUUCUUACUUGUAGUUCUUUGUACAUGUAAUAUUCAAGACUUCCAUGCCGGUACCAAUAAAUGUUUGCCAGAAGCCUUGGAA